AUGUUAUCAUCUGAAGAGGAAGCAGACCUUAAUUUCACAGUAAAUGAAGACAACGAACACUUGAACCCUGAGAGGGAGGAGCGGGUGAUCCGAGCGGAUCCGGACGUUGGCAUUGAAUCCCUGGCCCAGCAAUAUGUGAAUCGAGUCCUCAAAACCAAUUGUUUUUCAUUCAAUAUUAUGCUUUUGGGUCAAACAGGAGUGGGAAAGUCAACACUCAUUGACUCUUUAUUUCGGGUUAAAUUCAAUGAUAAUUCCUGUCAUAAUCACUGUCUCUCAGAAGUGGAAGUCGUCUCAAAUUACUAUCAUUUGUACGAAAAUGAUAUACACAUAGAGUUAGAUAAGCCUUACGAACCAAUUGCCAAAUAUCUAGACAAACAAAUGGAGGAAUAUUUAGACGAAGAGCUCAAAAUAGAGCGAAGAUCUGAAAUAAAAGACACUCGAGUUCACGCGUGUCUGUACUUAAUAUCUCCGGUCGGACACGGAUUGAAGGAAAUAGAUUUGGUGACAAUGAAAGAGUUGGACACAAAAGUCAAUAUAAUUCCAGUGAUUGCAAAGUCAGAUCUCAUUACGAGAUCAGAGAUGAUUGACUUAAAGCGUAAGAUUAUGAGUGAAAUGGACACAAAUUCAAUCGGUAUCUACCGGUUCCCUGUGGAUGACCCACAAGUGGCACAAAUGAAUGGCGAGAACAACUCGCUUCUGCCGUUUGCAGUGGUGGCCAGCAAUCAGUUUAUUACAAUAGGCGACAGAGAGGUCAGGUCUCGACAGUACCCCUGGGGUACAGUUGAAGUGGAAAAUGAAAGUCAUUCCGAUCUCAUAAGACUCAGAGAUAUGUUAUUAAGAGUUAAUAUGAAUGACUUGAAAGAGAGGACACAUUCACAACACUACGAGAUAUACAGAAGUGAACGAUUGGAUCAGUACUGGAAAGAGAGACAAAGAGAGCUCUCUUUGAAUAUGAAGAGAGAAGAGAAUGAAUUGAUUACAAGAUAUAAGAAUAUAUUCAGCGCUAAAGACGUUGAGCUCAAGAAUAUGGAGAAUGAAUUGCACCGAAAGUAUGAGAAAAUGCAUAAACACUUCAUUGAGGGCAGGGAUAUGUUGGAGGCAGAGAGGGUGCUGUUGGAGGAGGACAUCAUGUGUCUGAACCGGAGGAAGCAAUUGCUGAGAGAUAUGAAUAUUAGAGACGCCAGAGAAUACCAAAUCCCUAAAAACCCUAAGAGUCCUAAUAAUCCAAAAUCUAAAUCCAAAUGA